GUUUCUGGACUCUACCUUGUUCCAUGAUGAACAUGGACGAUGUUGUGAUCCAUAUUCAAGGAAUGCUGGAGAAAGCAAAGCCACCCAUAUCCGAAGAGUGUUGCAUCUAUAAAGUACCUUUACUUAUUCGCCAAAUCAACCAAGAAGCUUACACCCCAAAGAUUGUUUCCAUAGGCCCUUAUCACCAUAACAACUCUCAUCUUCAGAACAUGGAAAACCACAAACUAACCUAUUGCAAGUCAUUUCUUGAACGAACUAACACAAGCAUGGAAAGUUGGAUCCAUUAUAUAGCAGGUAAAGAGCUCCAUAUCCGUCAAUGUUACUUAGACGUACUUGAGUUUAGCUCGAAAGAACUUGUAGAGAUGAUAUGUGUGGAUUCAGGAUUUAUACUGGAACUCUUUUGGAUAACUCACUAUAAGAUAUAUGACAAGUAUCUUUCAACACCAUGGUUUCGACUUAUGAUAUUAUAUGAUCUGGUGUUGCUUGAGAACCAACUUCCUUUUUUCGUUCUUCACCAUCUCUUCUGUCUAUCUAUUGCCGAUGGUAACAGUGACAUUCCUUCAUUCAUCCGGCUCACAUUUAAAUACUUUGACUUAUUCAAUAGGUUAGAUUUGAAACCUAAUCUUAUCACAACAUGUCAUCACUUCACAGAUUUGUUACGACAUUUUCACUUAUGUGGAAGAAAACAAACUACAAGGACUGGCCAAUGGCCGCAUAUUCCUAGUGUUACUAAGUUGUCAGAAGCAGGAAUAAGGUUUGGAAAGCACGAAAGUAAGUGCUAUCUAAACUUGAGUUUUUCAAGAAAGGUUCUUAAAAUACCAAGAUUCACGGUGGAUGAUGGUACUGAAAUUUUGUUUCGCAACAUGGUGGCUUUGGAGCAGUUUCACUAUCCUAACGAUGCCUACAUAACAGAGUAUGCUCUUGUUCUGCAAUACCUAGUAAACACGGGUAAGGAUGUGGAUAUACUCGUUAAAGCGGGAAUUUUGAAGAACUUUUUAGGGGACAGUGAUUCUGCGGCCGAGAGGACUAAACGUCUUUGCAGAAAUAUCCUUCUCAAAGAUUUUAGUUCUGAUUACGUUUCUUUAUGGCAAGACUUGGACGCUUCGUAUAAAAGUCGUCGUCUUAAGUUGAAGUCAACUCUUAGGCGUGAUUACUGUAAAAGUCCUUGGCAAACCGCUGCUACCAUUGCUGCAAUCGUUGUUCUUAUCCUCUCUUUUGUUCAAACAAUUUGCUCAAUUUGGCAGAUAAAACAAUCUUAGAAUGUCUUACAUCUUCGAAGACAUUGUCAAUCAUUGAUCUUCUUCCUUGUUUAUAUGUUUUUUCUUAUU